AUCAAUUAUCUCUAUAAAUACAAAGUAUUGGGGUUUCGAUCUCUCUCACACACGCACACAAAACUAAAUCAUCAUAUUAUUUAUUUUACUAAAGAACACGAUGUCCGUGGCACAAAUCUUCGACAGAGUUGACAAGAACAAGGACGGGAAAAUUUCAUGGGAUGAAUUCGCCGAGGCUAUUCGCGUUUUCUCACCAGAAAUAACGUCCGAAGAAAUUGAUAAGAUGUUCAGGGUGGUUGACACUGACGGUGACAACCAAAUCGACGAGUUGGAGUUUGCUUCCUGCUUGAUGCUUAACGGGGAAGGAGAAGAGGAGGAUGAAGAAGUUCAUCUGAAAGAAGCUUUCGAUAUGUAUGAUAAGGAUCGUGAUGGAAAGAUAUCAGCAAGUGAGAUUCAUAUGGUAUUGAAGCGUCUUGGAGAGAAGAUAACAAUGGAGGAAUGCGUUGGAAUGGUUCGAGCCGUUGAUAAAAACGGCGAUGGUUUUGUGGACUUUGAAGAGUUUAAGAUUAUGAUGACUUCUAACAAGGGAUCAUUCUGAUCUUCUUUCUUCUCAUAUCUUAAUGUUCUUCUUUGGGUUUGUCUUGUUUUAAGUUUUUUGAUUUUGGUUUGAUGAUCUUUUACCAAUUGUCGAAUGAU